AUGUCCUCCUCGCCAACAUCUUCAUCAUGUUUUAUCAGUAUCGAUCAGAUUCUGAGGGCCCAUCAUUCAAAGACUCCUCCAAAAUGUUUACGGUGUAAGAAUCAUGGAGUGACUACUAUUUUGAAAGGCCACAAACGCUUAUGCCGUUGGAAAGAUUGCAUAUGUAAAAAAUGUAUACUUAUCGCUGAGAGACAACGAGUUAAUGCCGCGCAGGUGGCACUCCAUAGACAAAAAAUUCAAGAGGAGGAAGAUGUGAAGGAGUUGGAGACUCUAUUGGGGAGAACUGUAAAUGCAGCUGAAGCUCUGCAAAUUCUGCAUGGUGGUGUCCCAGCAGAUUUAAAUGUGCAAAACAAUGAUACUUACCAAGAAAUUCCCAGCUCACCGUCAUCACCACCAGCACUACUACCAGUGGAUCUGAAGCCUUCUAUAGAGUUGGUGUUGCCCAACUCGAUGCCAUACAACAAUCAAUUUCUACAGUUCUCACAAUUUAAUCCAAUGAUGUACAACUGUUGGAGGUUUCCAGUAUCUCCCUCACCUAACCUCGUCAGCCCCUCCCUAUCUGAUUUCUCAUCUAUUGAGAGUCUCAUUGCUCAACCAGCGACCUCAAAAAUUGGAGAUGCCUGGCAAAAAAUGAUAUAA